AUGACCAACUCCUGCUGCUCCCCCUGCUGCCCGCCCCCCUGCUACAGCACCACCCACUGCAGGACCACCUGCUGGAAGCCAGCCUGCGUGUCCAGCUGCUGCAGCGCCCCCUGCUGCCAGCCCAGCUGCUGCCAGCCCAGCUGCUGCCAGACCAGCUGCUGCAGGACCACCUUCCAGCCCAGCUGUGUGACCAGCUGCCGCUGCACCCCCUGCUGCCAGCCCAGCUGCUGCGUGGCCAGCUGCUGCCAGCCCAGCUGCUGCCAGUCCUGCUGCCGCCCCAGCUGCUGCAGCGACCCCUGCGGCCAGUCCGGCAGCUGCACGCCCGUCUACUGCACCAGAACCUGCUACCACCCCACCUGCGUCUGCCUGCCCAGCUGCUGCCAGCCCUGCUGCCGCCCGUCCUGCUGUGAGCCCAGCUGCUGCCGGACCUCCUGCUGCUGA